AUGCACUCAUACGGCCAUCAUGUCAAGAGUCUCGAGAUCAUCUCCAUAGAAUGGAAUAAUCUCGCCUUCCUUCUCAACUUUACCAUCAACCUACACUCGCUCUUCCUCCGCGACACAAAACUGAGCGCUUUGCAGCUUCAGGAGCUCGCAGAGAUAGCACCACAGCUUCGAGUUCUGCAUAUCACCUUGAGGCAAUACCCGCCAAAGCCAUUGGAGUGCCAGAUGACUCCUGUGUCUGCAUUCAAGCACCUGGAGGACUUUUACUGGAAUGUCCUGACAGAUGUCCGCAUCGACGAUAUUCUUUUCGUGCUUAAAUCAUGUUCUCAACUCCAGUCACUGGCCUUGACAAUCAACCUAUUAGUCGAGGAACUUGACGAGGCCAAAGUCGAGGAGAUUGACGGCAUCAAAAGCAGCAGUUUGGUAGCCGAUGCCGUACCAGAGUUGGUCAAAGUGGACGAUGACGGCUGGACAAGCACCUCGCUCCGAGUAUUGAGUUGGUCACAUCCCUGCAUCGAGAAUCAAGCCAGCAUCCAAGAGAUCGAGCUUGAUUUGCGCGUCUCAGUAACCGAAGGUGGUUCUCUAGUCGGCGAUUCGGGGUUCUUGAACGCAGUGUCAAAAUCAUGCCCGAACCUCAAGAGGUUUACUGCCAAGCAUACGCCGUUUACAACAGACAAGGCGUUUGAGGAGGUGAUGCGGGUCAACCAUGGGCUGCAAAUGGUCAGCGUCAAAUACACGGAAUUCGGGGACUUGGCACUCCAUCAAUUGGCACGUCUCCCUCCAACACUCACUUCAGCAGGGACCUCGCAUAGCCUUGUUGAACUCGAUGUGGAGGGAUGUCUUCAUAUCACCAGCCAUAGUGCUAUCGAGAUAUUGGAGAACUGUCCUCUCCUGCGCAGCUUGAAUCUGUUGGGCACAAAAGCCGGUACAAUCGAGCUUUUCAAGGGAUGCAAACCCUGGCCUUGUGCCAAGGUGCUGGAGAGGCUGCAUAUGGAUAUCCAACCACUCGACUAUCAACCCCGGCCGUACGGUGUAGGUUGGAGACAAGCAGAUUUACCCCCUCUUAAACCAUACACGCCUGAGGAGCAGGAAUUGAUCAGGGAGCGGCUGUGCUCAUUCACUUCCCUCCUCGGUCUCGAACUCGGGGGGGAUGCGAUGACAUAUGAAAUCUUGGAGGACUUUUCGUUUGCGCCGAAGCUUCGAAAGGUUAUUCUGUGUGUUCCGGUCAAGUCAAAUGACUAUAGCAAUAGCAUAAUUCAGAAGGCGAGAGAAAUGGCCCAGGGGCGCGGCGAGGCAUUGUUCCCGAAUUGGAUUGUGGCGAGUGGGUUCAGCUGUAUUUCCUCGCGAGGUGCCUGUUAUAUCGAUGCCGAUAUCAGUAAGGACGGACACUUUGUGUUCUAA